AUGUUUCAGGCGUUCAAAGAAUGGUUCUGGUUGGAAAGAUAUUGGCUUCCUCCAGCAAUAAAGUGGUCAGAUCUUGAAGAUCACGAUGGACUCGUCUUUGUAAAACCUUCUCAUUUAUAUAUGACAAUUCCUUGUGCUUUUCUUUUGCUGAUUAUCAGAUAUUUCUUUGAAAAGUUUGUAGGUACACCUAUAGCAAAACUAUUUGGCAUUAAAAGGAAAGUUAUAAAGAUUGCACAAAAUUCCAUCUUAGAGAAUUUUUUCAAACAUUCCUCAAGACAUCCAUUGCAAAGUGAUAUUUAUGGACUGGCAAAGAAGUGUAACUUGACAGAGCGCCAGGUUGAAAGAUGGUUUAGGAUUCGGCGGAACCAAAACAGGCCUGACACUAUGAAGAAAUUCCAGGAGGCUUGCUGGCGAUUUGCAUUUUACUUAGUGGUGACUGUUGCUGGAGUUGUAUUUCUUUAUGAUAAACCUUGGGUAUAUGACCUAUGGGAGGUUUGGAAUGGCUAUCCCAGACAGCCUUUGCUACCAUCCCAGUACUGGUACUACAUUUUAGAAAUGAGUUUUUAUUGUUCUCUAUUAUUUAGCCUGGGCACUGAUGUCAAGAGGAAGGAUUUUCUAGCUCAUGUCAUCCACCACCUGGCUGCUAUUAGUUUGAUGAGCUUCUCUUGGUGUGCUAAUUAUAUUCGCAGUGGGACCCUCGUGAUGUUUGUGCACGAUGUGGCUGACAUUUGGCUGGAGUCUGCUAAGAUGUUUUCUUAUGCCGGAUGGACGCAAACCUGUAACACCCUGUUUUUCAUCUUCUCUGCCAUAUUUUUCAUCAGCCGCCUCAUUAUUUUUCCCUUCUGGAUUUUAUAUUGCACGCUGGUUCUGCCUCUGCACUACAUCAAUCCCUUCUUUUCAUACAUCUUCCUCAACGUGCAGCUAAUGGUCCUACAAAUCCUUCACUUUUACUGGGGUUAUUUCAUCCUGAAGAUGCUCAAAAGAUGUAUAUUCUUGAAGAAUAUCCAGGAUGUGAGAAGUGACAAUGAGGAUGAGUAUGAAGAGGAAGAUGAAGAGGAGGAGGAGGAAGAAGAGAAAGAGGCUACCAAAGGCAAAGAGAGGGCCUGUUUGAUGAAUGGCCUAGGGGCCAACAGGCACCUCAUUCCCAAUGGGCAGCAUGGCCAUUAGCUCGAGGGCCAUGUAACUCCCACAGCACAGUGUGCUGCCAGGACUGUUGGAAACCCAAGAUGCUCCCCACGAAUCACUGUGGCCUAGAGGACCCACAGGGACCCCAGAUUCUUCCCUUCCCUCUGUCUAACCAUACCUUCCCUCCCACCUAAGAUGUGUUUACCAAAAUGUUGUUAACUUGUGUUAAAGUGUUAAAUAUAAGCAUG